UUGCUUUACUGCGGUUGGGUGGUUCCGAAGACCCGGAUGAGGGGACAGACAACGCGUAGUCGAUCGUGAACUAAACCAGUUCACAGACACCAGAGGAGAAUUCUAACUUUCCAGAGAGGAGGCAUCCGUGAGCAUUGUGAAAUGUUGAUGUUGUAUGUAUCAGCGGUAGUAUUUGCAGCUAUUUCGUCUGUGUCUGGGCAGUUCCCGCGUGCCUGUAUGACUGUAGACGGGAUCCUGUCCAAAGAGUGCUGCCCGGAGUUGGUCUCUCCGGACGGUCAGAACCUCGGCGUGUGCGGACAGACCGCCAGCCGGGGCUCCUGUCAGGACCUGACCGUCCCCGACAUCCCCCACAACCCCGAAUAUCCCUUCACCAACGUGGACGACCGAGAACGAUGGCCCAACAAGUUCUUCAACCGGACCUGUGUGUGUGAGGGCAACUUCUGGGGCUACAACUGCGGCGAGUGUCGGUACGGCUGGGCGGGAGAGAGCUGUGACCAGCCGGCCCCGCCAGUCUUACGGAAGAACAUUAAGAACUGUACGGUGGAGGAAAGACGGCGGUUCGUGGACGCCUUGGACCAGGCCAAGAGAACCGUCCAUCCUGACUACAUCAUCUGUAAGGAACACUGGCUCGGUUUGCUGGGACCAAACGGCACGGAGCCGCAAGUGGCGAACGUGACGAUCUAUAACCUGUUUGUGUGGAUGCACUACUACGCCGUGAGGGACACACUCCUGGGACCCGGUCAGCCGUUUAAGGCUAUAGACUUCGCACAUGAAGGUCCGGCCUACAACACCUGGCACCGGAUGCACCUGUUGUGGCUGGAGCGGGAGAUGCAGAAGAUGUUGGGAGAUGAGACCUUCGCGCUGCACUACUGGGACUGGGCGGUAGGAGGUACGGAGUGUGACGUGUGCACAGACGACAUGAUGGGAGCCCGCCACCCCCUGAACCCGACCGCCCUGAGUCCCGGCUCGCCCUUCUCCCGCUGGCAGUCCGUCUGUAUGAGUCUGGACGACUACAACCGGCUGGUGACGCUGUGUAACGGGACGGACGAGGGGCCGAUCUUCCGCAACCCCGGCGGGAACGUGGACCGUCCGGCCGUCAGGGUACUGCCUCGACCCGAAGACGUCGGCCGCUGCCUCGACCUUCCUGAAUACGACCGCUUCAACUGGACCAGAAUCGCCGGGGGGAGUUUCAGGAACAGUCUGGAGGGGUACAGCAACCCACAGGGACAGUACCACCCCGGCAUCCGCAGUCUACACAACCUCGCACACCUGUUUCUCAACGGGACUGGGGGAAUCACGCACGCGUCUGCUAACGACCCCAUCUUUGUGCUUCUUCACUCUUACAGCGACGCAAUCUUUGAUGCCUGGUUACGCCUGCAAAACAGCUCGUCGCUGACCGGAUACCCGGAGGAGGGCGCCCCUAUCGGCCACAACCUGAACAACACCAUGGUGCCCUUCAUGCCUGUGAUUCGCAACGCUGAUGUCUUCCAACUGUCUGAAGACUUGGGAUAUGCCUACGACGUCUUACCUCGAAGAAUCCCGUCCAAUCAGCCUUUGUCUGGCAUCGAGAUCUUCGGCGUUACAGUCGGGGCAGUCUUCCUCGUGGUGGUGUUGGUGUCGGUAGUUUCCGUAAUCGUUCGGGUGUUGUCGUGUCGGCGUCGGCAGGGCCGAGACGGGCGGGGCGUGUACGAGCCGCUUGUCGGUGACGGUGGGAGGACGGGCCGACAGUACACCGGGGACGGGCCUGUGGUGUACACGGACGAGCAGGUCAAAUACGAGGGGAACUGAAACGUUUGUUUAUUUGUUUUGCAUACGCGGUAAAUCACCUUAUGAAUGAAGACCUUUAUAAUGGCACAUUUUUGCCACACAGGGCUAAGUACAGGUCGCGCAAGACAUGUUGAAAAGAUACAGUUAACAGAUACAAAAUGAGACUAUUGCUGGAUAAAUUCAACUUCUCCUCGC